AUGGCUUCCCCGAAGGUUUCUCAAGCUCUCAAGAAGAUUGCAUCCUCUGCAGACAAGCAACAAGGCUACGAAGCUCUUCUCAAAGACAUCCGCUCGUUCUCCACCCCCACCGCCCUGUCCAAAGACCUCAUCGCAAUCCUCGACGCCAUCUUCGACGGCAGCCUUGGUAUCGUAGCCACGCGAUCUCUCGGUGUCGCCUACGUCCAGACCCUGACAUCCGUCCCCAGCAACGAAGUCAAGAUCGAAGUCGGCGAAUACGCUCUCGAAAAAUUCCAAAGCCAAGCCUCUUCUUUCGAAGAACAAAAUGCACAAAUCCGCGAGCUUAUGGCAACAGCCUAUGAAGAUGAUGAAGAUUUCCUAGCCUCGGCGAAGAUCCUCUCUGGAAUUCCGCUAGAGUCGUCACAGAGGAAGGUCACAAACGAAGAUAAAGUUCGGUUCUGGAUUCGCAUCACAAGAAAUUAUUUGGAGGUUGAUGAUACCACGCUCGCAGAGCAGUAUCUUAAUAAAGCUAAGAAUUUGAUAUAUACGGUCGAUGAUCGGGAUCUGAAUCUGCACUUCAAUCUCUGCCAGGCACGAAUUCAGGAUGCGAGACGAAACUUCCUGGCUGCUGCGCAAGGGUACCAAGAGAUCAGUUUAAUGCCUGUGAUUGCUGAGGAAGAGAGACUGCACACUCUUAGCAUGGCUAUCAAGUGCGCAGUAUUGGCUCCCGCAGGCCCUGCGAGAAGUCGUGCUUUGGGAAGACUUUACAAGGAUGAACGGGCGAGCACGUUGGAGGAGUACAGCAUUUUGGAGAAGAUGUUCCUGGAUCGACUAUUGGCUCCUGAAGAGGUCGAGAAGUUCGCAAAAGGGUUGGCACCUCAUCAGCUGGCAAAGACGGGAGAUGGAAGUACGGUCCUACAAAGAGCAGUGAUUGAACAUAAUCUGAGAGGCGCAUCGAGGCUGUAUAACAAUAUUAGCUUCGAGGCUUUAGGUCUGUUGCUAGGGUUGGAUGGAGACAAGGCUGAAGAUACGACUGCUAAGAUGAUCGAGCAAGGCAGAUUGGUGGGCCGCAUCGACCAGAUCGAGAGAGUUAUCUGGUUUGAGGGUGGAGAAGCAACAGGAGAGAAGGGAAGUGGCAGAGCAGAGGGUGUGGUCGGACGAGAGUUGAAGAAGUGGGAUGCCAAUGUCCAAGGAUUGGCUGAGGAGGUUGAAAAGAUAACUUCUGAAUUGCAGUUGCGAUAUCCUGACUUCGUGGCAGCAAACUUGGUUGUAUGA